UGGUACCAUGAUCAUGUGUGCAGAUGGACGCCGGCGUAUCGGGUCAUGCUGUACCGAUCUAGAGUUUCAAGCUUCAAGCCUUCAAGUCCUAUUGUCGACCUUCACAUGUCCUUGAACAGUUCUAAUGGGUUUUGCUACUAGGAUUGUCCUCGCCCAAGAACGAAUUUGUUUCAUAGGUAAUUCAUUAUGUUCCUCUUUGAGUUUUCUAUUUCCAGCAUGACCGGCAUAUCCACAAGCGCCGGAUUGUCUGCAUAAAAACCGAUCAACGAUCGGGGUGGGGGUCCCAUAUACUUCACACAGAACUAUGACUGGCACAGUCGACGAGAAAGCAGCUCAAACGGCACAAUCAGAAGUCGAUGCGACUAGUGGUUUCAAUGAGAAGAAAUCUCCCUAUGGCAACCUCACGACGCUAGCGCAGGCUGCUGCAACUGAACAUGCCAUCACUCCGGCGCAGGCUGUGCGAACGUAUUGGCGCGCUUUUGCAUGGUGUUUAUUUAUUAACAUGGGGGCACUGUUAUGGGGUUACGACUCUCAGGUUGGCGGUGGUUUAUUGAGCGUCUCUUCGUUCCGUAGGGAUUUCGGCAGCUUUAUUGAUCAACAAUACGUCCUUGCUGCAUCAUGGCAAAGUGCCUUUAACAGUAUCAGCUCUGUCGGUGGCAUGGCUGGAGCCUUUUCCUUAGGUUACAUCUCGGAGCUUUUCGGACGACGUGGCGCUGUCGCCGUCGCUUGUUUUGUCUCCAUCGUUGGUAUUCUGAUACAAUUCCUUACGCCCCCUCAUAAAAACGGGAUGCUAUUAGCUGGCAAAUUGAUCAAUGGUUUCUCGCUUGGAAUGUACGUAUCAAGUGCUGGAUCUUACUGCGCAGAAGUUUCCCCUCUCGCUUUACGUGGGAUCACUACUGCAUCUGUUAAUCUGUGGAUAGAUCUGGGUCAAUUCAUGUCGAAUGGAGUAAUUCGUGGAACAGGCAACCGAACCGAUGCUUAUGCUUACCGUUUGCCUUUUGCACUCCAAUGGAUCUUUCCAGUCAUCCUCCUUGUAGGCCUUCCUUUCGCUCCGGAAUCCCCUUGGUGGCUUGUCCGCAAAGGAAGGGUAGAUGACGCUCGGAAGGUCAUCACGCGACUUGGUGGCCCAACGAUCGAUGCAGAUAUGCAACUUCAGCAAAUUCAGGACACGAUUGAGCUCGAAGACACGUAUGCGGCGAGUGCCAGAUACAUUGAUUGCUUCAGGGGAGUCAACCUCAGACGCACUAUCGUAGCAAUGAUGGUCUUCGUGCUUCAGCAAGGCGCUGGGGUCGUAUUCGUUCUGGGCUUCAGCACAUACUUCUUUGAGCUUGCGGGUUUCGCUGAUACCAAUGCCUUCAACUUAGGCAUCGGAGUGACAGCCAUCGGCGUCGUGGGCAACCUGCUAACAUUUUAUACAGUCAAUCGACUCGGUCGUAGAUUCAUAUUCUUCUGGGGAAUGCUUGCUUGCACUACAGUGCUAUUGUUGAUUGGCUUUAUAUCCAUAUCAGAUUCUCAAAAUGCCAGAUGGACAGUGGCUGCCUUUACAAUCAUAUACAAUUUUAUAUAUCAAACUGGCAUUGGCCCCCUAGGCUAUGUCAUCUUUGCUGAAGUUUCGUCUGCCAAGCUGCGAUCAAAGACUGUCGCAUUAGGGAUUUGGGUAAAUUCCUUGUGUAGUAUGGUCGUGAAUAUUGUUGUCCCGUAUCUCGUCAACCCAGACGAGGCAAAUCUUGGUGGAUACGUUGGCUUUAUUUUUGGCGGUCUGGCUUUUGCUGGAACAAUCUGGACCUGGUACUUCAUUCCAGAAACUAAGGAUCGCACAGUCGACGAGCUUGAUGUUCUUUUCGAAGAACACGUUCCUGCGCGUCAAUUUGCGGCACACAACCUUUUCAGGUCCAAUUCCCCUUCCAAUUAAUGGAUGGACAAACAAAUGGCCCUUCAUUCGAUAGGUCAUGUCUAUGUUCUUCCUUGAGAGACAGUGAAAACUCAACAUGGUGAGGUCGGG